AUGCUGGGGGCCUCCCCGUGCUCCCAUGAGGAUGCUGCUGCUGUCGUCUGCUCAGCGGGGGUCGUGGAGGAUGUGGGGGUGGUUUGCCAGGGUGAGUGUCCCCACGGGCCCCCCGGGGCACAGGGUGGGCGGGCAGCCGGCCCCCGCCGCCAUCUGGGCUCCGUCCCCGCCGCAGGGAGCCGGCGCGUGCGGCUGGCGAACGGGCCCGGGCGCUGCGCCGGGAGAGUGGAGAUCUACUCCCAGGGCAGCUGGGGCAGCGUCUGCGACGACGGCUGGGACCUGCCCGAUGCCGCCGUCGUGUGCCGGCAGCUGGGCUGCGGAGGGGCCGUGCGGGCCCCGGGCUCUGCCGCCUUUGGGGAGGGCUCCGGGCACAUCUGGCUGGACGGCGUGAACUGCUCCGGGGCCGAAGCCGCUCUCUGGGACUGCCCAGCCGGGCCCUGGGGGCGGCACGACUGCGGGCACAAAGAGGACGCCGGAGCCGUCUGCUCAGAGUUCACGGCCCUGAGGCUGGAGAGCAGCGACGGCUGCUCCGGGCGCCUGCAGGUUUUCUACAACGGGACGUGGGGCAGCGUUUGCUCCAACUCCAUGACCCCCAAAACGGUGUCACUGGCGUGCGAGGAGCUGGGCUGCGGGAAGGAAGGGACCCUGGAGAUACAAGGGCCACGGGGCAGAGUGUCUGGCCCCGCCUGGCUGGACCGUGUGGAGUGUGAGGAGAGACACGGCUCCUUCUGGCUGUGUCCCUCCGAUCCCUGGAACCCGCGGUCGUGCGACGAGCUGCGAGAUGUGACCCACAUCACCUGCCGUGGGACACGGCCCAAAAUGACCCCAACCCCGGGCUCCGCGUGCCCCAACGCCACGAGCUGCACAGACAGGGAGAGGAUCCGCGCCGUGGGAGGAGAGGACGGCUGCUCGGGCCGGGUGGAGCUGUGGCACCGCGGCUCCUGGGGGACGGUGUGCGACGACGCGUGGGACGUGCGGGAUGCCGAGGUGGCCUGCAGGCAGCUGGGCUGUGGGCCCGCCGUGGCCGCCCUGCCCGAGGCUGCCUUUGGGGAGGGCACGGGCCCCAUCUGGCUGGAGAAGGUGGAGUGUCGGGGCACAGAGGCGGCUCUGCAGCACUGCUGGGCCUGGCCCGGGGACCGCGGGCUCUGCCGGCACAAGGAGGACGCGGCCGUGCGCUGCGCGGGUGAGUGCAGGGCUGGAGCUCUGCCCGGGGCACUGCCUGUGCCAGGGGUCGUCUCGUUGCCCGUCAUCAUGUGCAUGAUCCUGGGAGCCCUUGUCUGCCUGCUGCUGGCCCUCCUGGCCUGGAGAGUGCUCAGCGCCAGGGCUGAGCGCAGAGGCUCCCAGACAGCCCUGGAGCCCUUCCCUGAGGCUGUUUACCAGGAGAUCAGUUACAGCCCAGUGUGGGAGGAGCAGGAGACAUUCAACCCAUCAGGUUGGUAA